GCGCGGCGCGGCGCGGCGCCAUCUUGCAGCCGGCGGCGCGGAUUGAAUGAGCCCGCCGAGCCCCGGCCGCCGUCGGGAGCAGCGCAGGCCGCGAGCCGCCGCCACCAUGGCCACGCCGCUGACCGGCCGCGCGGGCGGGCCCGCCACGCCGCUGUCGCCCACGCGCUUGUCGCGGCUGCAGGAGAAGGAGGAGCUGCGCGAGCUCAACGACCGCCUGGCGCACUACAUCGACCGCGUCCGCGCGCUAGAGCUGGAGAACGAUCGGCUCCUGCUGAAGAUCUCAGAGAAGGAGGAGGUGACCACGCGCGAGGUGAGUGGCAUCAAGGCGCUGUACGAGUCGGAGCUGGCUGACGCCCGCAGAGUCCUGGAUGAGACAGCUCGAGAGCGCGCCCGGCUGCAGAUAGAGAUAGGGAAGCUGAGGGCAGAGCUGGACGAGGUCAGCAAGAGCGCCAAGAAGAGGGAGGGCGAGCUCACGGUGGCCCAAGGCCGAGUGAAGGACCUGGAGUCCCUGUUCCACCGGAGCGAGGCGGAGCUAGCAGCUGCCCUCAGCGACAAGCGCGGCCUGGAGAGUGACGUGGCUGAGCUGCGGGCCCAGCUUGCCAAGGCCGAGGACGGUCAUACAGUGGCCAAAAAGCAGCUGGAGAAGGAGACGCUGAUGCGCGUGGACCUGGAGAACCGCUGCCAGAGCCUGCAGGAGGAGCUGGACUUCCGGAAGAGCGUGUUCGAGGAGGAGGUUCGCGAGACGCGGCGGCGGCACGAGCGGCGCCUGGUGGAGGUGGACAGCAGCCGGCAGCAGGAGUACGACUUCAAGAUGGCGCAGGCGCUGGAGGAGCUGCGGAGCCAGCACGACGAGCAAGUGCGGCUCUACAAGCUGGAGCUGGAGCAGACCUACCAGGCCAAGCUGGACAGCGCCAAGCUGAGCUCCGACCAGAACGACAAGGCGGCCAGCGCGGCCCGCGAGGAGCUCAAGGAGGCCCGCAUGCGCCUGGAGUCCCUCAGCUUCCAGCUCUCCGGCCUCCAGAAGCAGGCCAGCGCAGCUGAGGAUCGCAUCCGGGAGCUGGAGGAGGCCAUGGCCGGGGAGCGAGACAAGUUCCGGAAGAUGCUGGACGCCAAGGAGCAGGAGAUGACGGAGAUGCGGGACGUGAUGCAGCAGCAGCUGGCCGAGUACCAGGAGCUGCUGGACGUCAAGCUGGCCCUGGACAUGGAGAUUAGCGCCUACCGCAAGCUGCUGGAGGGCGAGGAGGAGAGGCUGAAGCUGUCUCCCAGCCCAUCCUCGCGCAUCACCGUCUCUCGAGCCACCUUGAGCGGCAGCGGCAGCGGCAGCAGCACGCCGGCCACUGGGCGCUUGGGCCGCAGUAAGCGGAAGCGGCUGGAGGUGGAGGAACCCUUGGGCAGCGGCCCCAGCGUCCUGGGCACGGGCGGCGGCGGCAGCUUCCACCUGGCCCAGCAGGCCUCGGCCUCGGGCAGCGUCAGCAUAGAGGAGAUCGACCUGGAGGGGAAGUUCGUGCAGCUGAAGAACAACUCAGACAAGGAUCAGUCUCUGGGGAACUGGAGGAUCAAGAGGCAGAUCUUUGAGGGGGAGGAGAUCGCCUACAAGUUCACGCCCAAAUAUGUCCUGCGUGCUGGCCAGAUGGUCACGGUAUGGGCAGCUGGGGCUGGGGUGGCCCAUAGCCCCCCCUCAACGCUGGUGUGGAAGGGCCAGAGCAGCUGGGGCACGGGCGAGAGCUUCCGCACCGUCCUGGUCAAUGCGGAUGGCGAGGAAGUGGCCAUCAGGACCGUGAAGCAGUCCUCGGUGGCGCGGGAGAAUGAGAACGGGGAGGAAGAGGAGGAGGAAGCCGAGUUCGGCGAGGAGGAUCUUUUCCACCAACAGGGGGACCCGAGGACCACCUCGAGAGGCUGCUGCGUGAUGUGAACCCACACUCCUCAUCCACACACCUUUCUUUACCCAGAGCCACUGAAAACUAUUUUUAUAUCAUUGGCUUCAUUUAGUUCUUGAUACAUUUUUAGAGAAUUUCUAAGCAAACCGCCAGAACGUGUGGGCGGGUCUCCGCGCCCUCCCGCAGUGGGUCUCCUCCAGCUGCUUCAUCGCCGUUUCCCUGUGGUCCACAGACUUUCCAAUCCACCCCGCUCCCCAUCUCUCCAUUUGGUCCAGUUGGAAGCCCAGGGCCAGGACCCCGAGGUUUAGAAGAUGCUCAGGCUUGGAGGGAGGAGGGCUGGCAGGCUAGGGAGGGGACAGGAGGUGGUCUUCAUGCGAGACGGAGACUUGCUCUGUUGCCCAGGCUGGAGUUCAGUGGUGCUAUCUUGGCUCACUGCAGCCUCCGCCUCCUGAGUUCAAGUGAUUCUCCUGCCUCAGCCUCCUGAGCAGCUGAGAUUACAGGCGUGAGCCACCACAUCUAGCUAAUUUUUGUAUUUUUAGUAGAGACGGGGUUUCACCUCGUUGACUAGGCUGGUAUUGAACUCCUGACCUCGUGAUCCACCUAUCUUGGCCUCCCAAAAUGUUGGGAUUACAGGCUUGAGCCACUGCAGCCAGCAGGUUUUGCUUUUUGAAGGCUUUCUACAAAACCAAAUUCAGAGUUCAGGCUUCAACCUGGUGGGGCUGGAGGCCAGGCCUGCAGAUUCUGGCUGCCCAGACCCUCAGCCACACAGCAGGUGUGGACCAGCGAGGGGACCGCGUGGCCCCCAGGGUGGGUUUUCGCUGUGCUGCCUGGGCUUCCAGAGUCCCAGGUUUUUCUGUCAACUUGAUUUGCUGGAGUUUUUUGGAAGUUCAGUUCCUGACUGCAGGGCUGACGGCAGGGAAGGGAGAACGGGGCCCGGCCUGUUUGUUGUAAGAUCUGUCAUGACCACAGUGUGGAGGGGACGUCUCUGGUUCCCUCAGACACGGAGGCUGAGUUUCAGAGCAGCUGUCUGCAGGAAAUGCCACCAUGCCUGACCCUCUAGAGGAGAGUCUGCACCGCGCCUAUAUAUACACGUGCAUAUCCACACUGUAGCUUUAUCUGACCCUCUCGCUGAAACCAUGUUUCUCAGGCCAAGGCCACCUGAGUCCUGUCUCGACAUCCCCAAGCCCCUCAGUCCGGCUUCCUGACGCCCGGCACCCCUCUUUGGCAAUAGCUCACCGUUUACACCCUCCCUCAUAGAUACACAGAAGUUAUUUUUUUAAUGGAUAUUUAUUUUUUUACAUUGGUCAGUACGCAGAUCAGGGGUUCACGCCGGGGCCUUGAGGACAGGCUGACCCUCCUCGGGUGGCGUCGGGUUGGCGGACCCUCCGACGGCAAAGCCUCUUUCAGAAAGUGCAGCUCGAGUCUUAAAGAUGCUGAUACUGAGCCACGGGCACUCGCUGUCUCUGGGCCGUGCCGUCCACUGCAGGGCGGGGGUAGUGCCGCCUCCCUGGACUGAGUGUCCACUUCCUUGGGGACUGCUGGUGGGAGGAGGGUAAGGGAGGCCAGAGCCCCAGGCCUGGAAGGAGCCAGCAGCCAACAGCAGAAACACCCGCUGCCCCACGUGGCCCCAUCACCGUCCGCGCUCUGAGAAGCCCCCGCCCAUGUAGAGGGGGCGUGUCUUACCAAACCAUUUUCUCCUGGAAGGUCGGCUGGUGGGGGAGCUUUGCCUGCCUCAAGACACCCUCUGCCAGCCUCUGGAAGUGGGAAUGGGGGCGCCAGGCUGUGUCCUCUUCCCCACCCUCACGGCAGGAAUCACCUGGACCACACCGGCCACGCUUCAUGCCGUGAGGGUUCUGGGGUGGGUCUUGGUGGUCUUGGCUUGUGGGAGUCUGCGGUGGUCUCAGCCACAUCCUUUGUAUUUUGGGCCCAGGGGAGCAAAGCUGUAUCCUGGAGUUGGUCUGUGAUUUGCUGACAGCCUUGCAGGCUGGGCUCACGGACAAAGAAGUUCCCCUCAAACUCGCAGGUCCUGAUGUCCAGAGGCUGCCCAGGACCCCCCCAUGCUACAUUUGCCUUGAGUGGAGCUGUGGGUGCCCUUAGCUGAAGAGGGUAGCGAGAGACGUGGACUGGGUGGCCUGUGGGUGAUUGGAGGUUCAUUGAUAAAUGAUGAAUCUUUGGAAACACUAAGAAAAUCAAAAUUUUUAAAAAGUUAUUUACGGCCUGGGAAACUAUUUGCAUUUCUCCCAAAUACGCUUAGCUGUGUACCUCUUAGAAGAUGCGAAACCCUCCUUCUGUGUCAGCCCAUGCCGUGUGACUCUAAGCCUAGCACCCUCCCUGCGAGGCAUCAGACGCCGUCCAGCCCUGGGGGGUAGGCCCACGGCUGCUGGACCAACCGGGUUCUGGGGUGCACAGCCCCAGGUUAACGCUGAAGCCUGCCCCGUUGAGCCCAGGAGCCGGGGCCUGCGGGCUGACCCAAAAUCCGAUCGUGCACCUGUCCUCAUGCCAGCGGCUUUGGCUGGGGUUGGCCUGAGGCCUGCACGUGGCAGUUCUUUUUGUUAAAGAUCUGAGGGUCUCAGUCCUGGGGCGCCGCCUCCUGCAGCCUCUUCCAAGCCUGCAUCCAGCGAGCGUCACGCACAACCUGCAAAGGGAGCUGGGCUGCAGCCUCGGGCUGGCGUGGGCUUUCGGUUUAGAGAUUCGGUUUUUAAGAAGAUGCAUGCCAAAUGUGUGGGGUUUUCUUUUCCAAUGAUUUGUAAUAUACAUUUUAUGACUGGAAACUUUUUUGUACAACACUCCAAUAAACAUUUUGAUUUUAA